UCUGAAAACCGAACCUUCCCUCUAAGUUUCUUUUCUGCUUUCAGAAGCUAAUUGUUCUUGUUUGGUUUUUUGACUUUGAUUACAACCUCCUCUGUUUCUCUCAACUCCAAGGCUAUAUAUUGUUCCUUCCGAUUCAUUCAGAUUCUCGUGCUUAAGUUAGUGAAAGGGUGUAUUCUAGACAUCAGAAAAUCAUGCGCGCACCAUCAUUGCUUGCACAGUGCUUGCCGGGUUUGGUGCCUCAUGACAAAGCAAGUCACAGCUUGUCCUCUAUUUCAGAGAGAGAAUCACAUCUCCCUUCACCGGCUGUUGAGAUUCUCCCUUCCAAGUCAACUCACCCAUACAAGUAUGCUGGUGAGAAUAUUGACUUGCAAGGACUCAAUGCGUCAAAGGGAAGAGUUAGUGUUGCUGAUAUCAUCGGCUUCAAUGGUUCAGAAAUGAUAUCUUCAAAACCAGAUGGGUAUCUAAAAUCUUGGGAUAGCUCUAUUGAUCUUGUUAAUGUCCUGAAGCAUGAGAUUCGAGAUGGGCAACUGAGCUUUAGAGGAAAAAGGGUACUUGAGCUGGGUUGCAGCUAUGGCCUUCCAGGAAUUUUUGCUUGUCUGAAGGGAGCGGCCACAGUGCACUUUCAAGACCUCAGUGCAGAAAGUAUUAGAUGCACAACAAUACCAAAUGUCCUUGCCAAUCUUGAGCAAGCUCGAGAUAGGCAGAGCCGACAGCCAGAGAGCCCCCUGACUCCAUCAAGACAAACUGUGACCCAGUCGGUGCACUUUUAUGCUGGUGACUGGGAAGAGCUUCCCACUGUCUUGUCUGUUGUGAGGAAUGAUGGGUUUGAAGUGACAGCAGGAAUGAACCUGAGCUUCUCUGAGGAAGAUUUUAUGGAGGGUUGUAGCAGCAGCCAAGAUGGAAGCAUCUUGGGACAAGAAUCUUCCUCAAGGCGAUCAAGGAAGCUUUCAGGAAGUCGGGCGUGGGAGAGAGCGAGUGAGACCGAACAAGGAGAAGGUGGAUAUGAUAUUAUCUUGAUGACCGAGAUCCCAUAUUCAUUAACCUCAUUGAAAAAGUUUUAUGCGCUCAUAAAAAAGUGUUCAAGGCCACCAUAUGGUGUUGUAUACUUGGCCACAAAAAGGAAUUAUGUUAGCUUUAACGGCGGUGCUCGGCACCUGAAAAGCCUGGUAGAUGAAGAGGGAAUUUUUGGUGCUCAUCUAGUGAAGGAGAUGGCGGACAGAGAUGUAUGGAAAUUUUUUAACAAGUGAACUGAAAAGACAGAAGCUCUCAAAAACCAACCCUUAAUCAACGUAAUUUCUAUCCGUAUAAUACAGAAGUCUACUUCUGCUGGGGUUAAUGAUAAUGAAGUCGAAAGUUUAUAUAACAGUAAAUGGGUCUAAUCCAGUUUUUGUUGGCAUUUAUUCAUUAUUAUACUGUAAAUUAAAUCAAUCUGUGUAAGUUCAACUUUGAUCACGUUUCUCUUCUAAUUGUAUUAUUGUUCUAUUAUAAGGGAACAUUUUGAUUUCCACUUGGGGAUA